CAAAGGUGUUUGCUGGCGGUUUUGCAAACAUCGCCGUUGCCUUGCUGCAUUGUCCAUCUACUAAACCAGUGUCAAAAGACACCAGCUAGGCAAUCAAAUCGCAGCUCUCCCUUUCAAAUCGUUCGCAAUGAGCGGCGCCCCGGGACAGUUCGGCGCGCAGGCGUCGUGGCAGGAACACCACACUCCCGACGGCCGAGCCUAUUAUUAUAAUGCUACUACAAAAGUCACGCAGUGGACGAAGCCAGAAGAGAUGAUGGCACCUGAAGAGAAAGCACUUGCUUCCCAGCCCUGGAAGGAGUACACUGCCGAAGGCGGCCGAAAGUACUGGUACAACACCGAAACGAAGCAAAGUUCUUGGGAAAUGCCCGAGGCAUUCAAGAAGGCGUCCAAUGCCUCUACGCCGGUGCCUACUGCUGCUCCAUUCGCGCAGCCUGCGGCGCAAGGCGGCUACGAUUCUGGCCGAGACGGUGGCCGCGAUGGUGGCAGAGAUGGCCGCGACGGACGUGACGGGCGCGAUUAUCGAGAUUCUCGUGAUAAUAGAGACUACCGCGAUGACCGAGACAACCGCGACAGAUACCACGCCGAAGCCCGCCCCCAAGCGUUCGUCCCCUCGACCAACGACCCCGAAUAUGCGACAGCUGAGGAAGCGGAACAAGCCUUUGCCAAGCUGCUGCGCCGCAGUGGUGUCCAGUCGGAUUGGACAUGGACUGACACUGUUCGAGCUGUCGCCAGAGACCCCCAAUUCCGAGCUAUUCGCGAUGCCAAGGACCGACGAGCGGCUUUUGAAAAGUACUGCCAGGACAUGGUAGCGCAAGACAAGGAGCGCGCUGAGGAGCGCUUGACGAAGCUGAGGGCGGACUUCGAGACAAUGCUUAAGCGCCACCCUGAAAUCACUCAUUAUACGAGAUGGAAGACAGCCCGGCCCAUGAUUGAGGGCGAGACCAUUUUCCGAUCGACUAAUAACGAAAAUGAGCGUAGACAAGUCUUUGAGGAGUAUAUUGAGACGCUCAGAAAAGCACAUGAAGAACGAAAGGCGAGUGUCCACAAGAGUGCCAUGGAUGGCUUGAUUGACCUGCUACCCAGGCUGAACUUGGAAGCGUACACUCGGUGGUCGGAUGCUCAGGACCUUAUUUCCUCCACCGCUCCCUUUCAGAGCGAAGAGAAGUAUCGCGCAUUGACGCAAUUUGAUAUCCUCACCGCAUUCCAGAACCACAUGAAAUCCUUGGAAAGAGCCUUUAAUGACGCCAAGCAGGACGAGAAGAACCAAAAGUUCCGCAAGGAGCGCAUGGCCAGAGAUGCCUUCAAGUCUCUUCUGACUUCCCUCCGAAAGGAGGGUAGGGUCAAGGCUGGUACCACAUGGACUCAAGUUUAUCCGCUGAUCCAGGGAGACGAUAGAUACAAGAGCCUUGCCGGUAAUGGCGGUUCAACUGCCCAGGAACUGUUCUGGGACGUGGUAGAAGAGGAGGAGCGUGGCCUACGUGGGCCAAGAAAUGACGUCCUUGACGUUCUCCAAGAUAAACGGUUCGAGAUCACUCCCUCCAGCCAGCUGGAAGAAUUCCUCUCCGUCAUGAAGGAUGAUCGUCGCACUGCUAACAUUGACAUGGAUAUUCUCAAACUUCUUUUUGAACGAUUGCGUGAUAAGCGGCCAGCCAGACGCGACGACGACCGUCAGUCCGAACGCCAACAGCGUCGUGCCGUCGACGAUUUGCGAGCUUUCCUUAAGCGUGUCGAGCCUCCAAUCACGGCAGCCGAUACAUAUGACAAGGUACGACCUAGACUACUCAAAGCAGAAGAAUUUGAGGCAGUCGCCUCGGAAGACGCACGCCGCUCAGCCUUUGAGAGGCAUGUACGCCGACUGCGAGACAAAGAUGAAGGUGAUCGCCCCUAUCGCCGCGAGGACCGUAUGUCAGUCGAUCGCGAGGCGCCACGCCGUGAGCGAGACCGUUCUAGAGGUGAGAGAUCUCAUCGCGGCGGCCGCUCAUCUCGUCGCAGUCGCAGCCCAGAACAGGAUCCCUACGAGGCCGAUAGACGCCGCGCCAUUGCUGAGCGCGAGCGCAACCAUCGCAAGACAACCAUGGCAGAGAACAUGCUAUAUGAGCGCGAACGCCGACCCUCGCCUCCUCGUCGCGACCGUGAGCGUGACCGAGACUAUGACCGCCCACCGCGUUCUCGACGAGACGAUGAGUUGCCGUACGACCGCGACCAGCGCCGUCGUCGUCCUGAACGCGGAGGCCCCCAGGAAGAGCUUCCCUACGGUGACGACCGACCAGCUUCUGGAUCGCGUCGCCGCCGGCCCGAAGGCGAAGACGACUACAACAGAAAGAACUCUCGAGACUCCAAGCGUCCGAGAAAAGACCGAUCACCUGAGCGCACGCCUGCUCGUGAUGCUCCCCCUCCAGAAAAAGCGGCAUCACCGUCAGCUUCCAAGGAUAUUAUGAGUGGCAGUGAAGAAGGUGAGAUUGAAGAAUGAUUGUUACACAUUUGUGAACCCUUGUUCCCUUCACUACUUCACUCAAGCUUCUUAUCUAUAUGAUCCAGGACUGUGCCGAACGGCAAUACACCAUCCAUUUACCCUGGCAAGUAUACUAUGUAAUUUGGUCGUGUAUGUUUCCUUUUCCUGGUAGCAUAUCCUGUUUUGGAGUCAUCAGCAUGAUUGCUAUUUGCCACUGCCUGUAUAGAAAUUUGAAUUAUAAUUUAAUACAUGCGAUUAAGCCGAC